AUCAUCCAGGACCUGCCAGAAGCCACAAGAAAAAAAUGGGGAGGGUUUUCCUCACGGGAGAAAAGGCCAACUCAGUAUUAAAACGCUACCCAAGAGCCAAUGGGCUUUUUGAAGAAAUAAGACAAGGCAACAUUGAGCGUGAGUGCAAAGAAGAAGUCUGCACAUACGAAGAAGCCAGAGAGGCUUUUGAAAAUCACGAAAAAACUAAAGAAUUUUGGAGCACCUACACAAAAGCACAACAAGGAGAGACCAAUAGAGGAAGUGACUGGUUUCAAUUUUAUCUUACUUUCCCAUUAAUCUUUGGCCUCUUCAUUAUUCUCCUUGUCAUCUUUUUAAUCUGGAGAUGUUUUCUAAGAAACAAAACUCGGAGACAGACAGUAACUGAAAGUCACAUUCCUUUCCCUCAACAUCUUAACAUUAUUACACCACCUCCUCCACCAGAUGAAGUCUUUGAUAACAGUGGAUUGUCUCCAGGCUUUUUGGAAUACGUUGUUGGGCGCUCCGAUUCUGUCUCCACUCGCCUUUCCAACUGUGAUCCCCCACCAACCUAUGAGGAAGCCACUGGCCAGGUGAACUUGAGAAGGAGUGAAACAGAACCUCAUUUAGACCCACCACCAGAAUAUGAGGACAUAGUAAACUCCAGCUCAGCUAGUGCCAUUGCUAUGGUGCCUGUGGUCACCACCAUCAAAUGAAGCUGCAAACAUCUUUUUACUCAAAUCAUUUCUAAAAUACUAAUGGAAGAAC